AUGCUGAGGAGUGGAUCUCCGGAAACCGACUCCACUUCCGGUACUGAGGCAAUAUACCACAACCCGCUCUCCCCGGAACGUGCGGAGAGACACCGGAGUCGCCUGGAGACGUGGUUGGCUACAGGAAGCGGUGUUUUCCCACACAACGCCGAACAUCUCACUGAUCUGGGACCUCACGACACUUCAAAACAACACACGCCCAUCCAGAGAGAUCGUGAACACGUUGGGGCCGCGGGAAGCUGCACUCCAGGAGCGGAUGACGUAUCGCCUCCUGCAGAGAUAGUGGAGAUCACGACUGCCCUGGAACACCUGACUAUAGAUUCGGAAAGAACAGCAAUCAUUGGGGGAAGGACUCAGGGAGAAUCCAAAGGAAGUGGCUCUGGGAAGUGGAUGCACCCAGAAACGAGCCUCUUGAACCCUUUGUCCUUCUUGGGAAAUUCGUGGGUUGAGAGAGAGGAGUGCAGAGCCUCUCAGAGUCAAGAGGAGAGCUUUCUAUUCUCGUUCCCUGAUAUUCAACAUCCUGAAACUUCGUUCGCCACCUCCCAAGCUCGACCGGACAAUUCAAGACACCUCCCAGAAGCCGUUCAAGGAGAGAGACCGAGUCUGCGGAACGCUGGUUCUCCUCGGAGUCCGAUCCCGGUUCACAACCCUGAGUCAUCGAAAGCACUUCCCGGGGGGCAUUCUGAGACGGACAAGAUGGAGAUGCCCGAUCUGGGAGCAUGCGGCCGCUUCGACGGAAAGGAGUCCGCAGCACGGUGGUUGGCCAGACUGAAGUGGCAGUUCCGAAAGGCUGGACACGUCAUGCCUCCCCCAUCUGAAUAUAUCCAGGUGGUGAACAUGCAAGCGGAGGGAAGUGUUGCUACGUUCCUGGACAGCGACCCGACCCUGCAAGCCAUCUUGCGACGAGCUGAGGAGGGAGGUGCACUGUCCCAGGAUAUUGAGGCACUGGACCAAGCUCUGAGAGACCGAUUCCCAGCCCAACUUGUUGAUGAGUCAACGGUACAACCCUCCGAGGAGUGGAAGUCGCUCACUCAGGAGAAGAAUGAGGCACUAGCGGCAUACUACAAUAGAGCACAGAAUCUCCUGAGACGAAUGGGAGCCAGGGACGCUCCGAGAGACGUCACAGCAUUCCAAGCAAACCCGCUUUCAGCCCUGGAGACAUUCAGCCUGAAAACAGUCAUUGACAAGUUCGUCCAGGGACUGGAAGAUGCUCAGCUCAAACAGGAGGCGAUCUCCAGGAGCCUUGGUACCACAGGAGCCUUGUGGCAGUGCUAUGAGGGACUGAGGGAGUGCCAGCGAGUCAUAGAGUCCAGAGAGGAGUUACAGAAACAGGCAGCCGACAAGAUGCGAUUACAGAUGCUGGAAAGCAUCGUCAAGGACAACACGGGAUUGUCCGUGGACCAAGCGAUCAUGAAGGCAUACCCGGGAUGGCAAUUCGCCUUUCAGGGAACUCCGGCAGGCCUCCCAUCGAAUCUGACUUCACUGGCGAUGCAUGCACAGAGUCCAUGGAUGAUGACGUCCAGCGUCUCGGCCCUUCCCCCUCCACAGAGCACGGCCAGAGUCCGGGAGACUGGUCAGCCUCCGACGAAUGCGACUGUCUCCCAGGGAGCGAACCAACUGUCCAGUCAGGAUGCCCGACACGCCCAAACCCCAAACAUCGCCCCUUUCCAGAACACCCCUCCUACCAGAUCCAACGGGAUGCCCGGACGAGGCGGCUUCCGAGGAGGUCUCCGAGGUGGGUAUGGAGGCGCGUAUACUGCAAGAGUUGGGAACAGUAACAGCAGAGUGCAGCUACCUCCAAGGAGCCAGUCGAAGAACCCAUUCGUGAACGGAUCGGAAUCCAUUGCGGGGAAACGCGUAUGUUUCGGAUGCGGGAAGGUUGGACACUUCCAGCCGGCUUGUGAGUCAGAGGAGAAACUCCUGCCUUGGGAGAGAUCAUACCUGAGAGCUUUGAUAUUCCCUGAUGACCAGAAAGGAGUUGCUUUCUCUCAGACCGCGCAGCUGUACUAUGACAACUUCCUGGUGGAUAUGGGGGUCAUCCCAGCUGAGGAAGGCCACCCAGGCACAGAUACCCCUUCUGUGGAAGCAGAGAUCAUCUCUCAGGGAGCGCUGGAAAGUGCAGUCCAGAGUUCCGCUGAGGUGAGAAGUUUGACAGUGAGCGAAGUUGCUGCAGAGGAGACGCAAAUGAGCGAGGAUCUGCAGGAUGAGGUCCUGAUGCUGAAGAGCUUGCUGUCAUCGGCCACAGAUCGCCGGUCUCGAAGCCCGGGAAGAGGAGAUCGCCGUGGAAGAGAUCGGGAAUACCGAGAGAGACAUUACCGCCGCCGGGAAGAGGGACGGACCAUCCCUGUGGAGUCAAUGCUGAACCCAGAGGAAAGGGAGAAGACCGCUACCAAGAAGAAGGCCCGAGCACCAAGGAGAGAGGGACCUCCAGCUCCAAUGAGUGAAAUCAAGGGCAGAGAGGGAAUGGGUCCACUGAACUGGGAAAGGAUCUUCCAGGAUAUAAAGGUGGAGUUCAGUCUGAUGGAUUUAUUCCAAGCAAGCCCCGACUGUGCCAGGAACGCGAAGUACUACUCCACGAGAGUUAGCGAGAAGACCAGGAAGAAGGCGCAGAAGACCAGAGGUCUCCAGACGGUUAUUGAGAGCAAGUCAGCCACCGCGAUCCAACCAGUGAAGGCCUACCGCAUGGAUGUGGUGCUGAAGUUCCUGGGAACAAACGGAAAGACGGUGUCUCACGCUGUGGGAGAGAAGGCCACGCAGGCGGAUCAGGGUUCCGACAUCAAUUUCGUCUCCUCGGACCUCGUCCAGAAAGCGGGAAUCAAGCGCCGCCUGUUGAAGGACAUUGGCAUCGAACAAUUGUUCAUUAUCACGUCCACGAGCCAGGCUAGCCCCGUUACUGAGUUCGUGGUUUUUAACGUGGGCGUCCAGGGAAUCUGGCGCUCUGUAUGGGCAAUUGUCAGGCCAGAGAUAAAAAUCCCACAAAUUCCUGGAGACACGAAACUGCUCCUGGGACUCCCGUGGUUGUGGGACGUCAACGGUGUAUUCGAUAUCCGACAAAGCUCGCUUACCAUAGGAGACGCUCAGGAGGGAGAACGAGUGGUCUCCCUGAAGGGACCCAUCCUGAGUUGGGCUGCAGGGCACAAGCUGGCGUUGACCACCAAGCCCGGCUCUCCUGCCCUAGACCUGAUGGCGGUGGCGUCGGACACCGAGUCAGCGACGGAGGAUUCAUCCGGGGACAGCGAUACAGACUCAGAGAACUCAGAGGGAGAGUCGGGAAACUGA